UUAGUUGAUGGUUUUAGCCGCAAGCUGCGCUCUUUCGCUAAGGACAAUAUAGGACGACCUAUCCAUGUAGAAUGAUAGUCUGGUCAACACGCCCCUCGACCGAUCAGAUAUAACGCCGGUCAGUUAUAACGCCCAUUUCCCCAAUCAGUCUCCAGCGAGCCCACCUGUCGGCGUUCGGUGCAACAGGUGGACGUAUCAGAGGUCAAGAGACGACGUAAGACAUAACAUCAUUCUCAAAACAGAAUAAAAGAGAACUGACAACUCAAGACAGUGUCAUCACCGUGAAGACCCAGUCUCAGUUUAUAAAGACAGAAACUCGUGGACUAAGACGAAGUUUUUCGUUUCAUGGACAAUACUGAAGAGUGCUUUUACCAAGUCGUGGAUGCAAGAAAAUAAACAACUAAACUUUAAAAACCGAAAACAUCGAAAUACAUGGUCAAAUUCCAGGGUUUCUAAUUCUCCUCCCCAUGAACAUCGUCUUCCCCCCGGAAAAGAACUGGGAUGAAGCGAAGACAACGAUGAGAACCCCCAUUCAAGUCAACACAAUAACAGUGAAUGCUGCUAUGUUUACGCACUACCUUCUUAUCGGAUCAUUCCUGCUAAUUCCAGCUAUGUUUCAUAUAGCUGAACAGCAGCGAUCUAAGCUAGUUUCCGGUUGCAGUUAUAUCCUCAUGGCCGUGACUUCCGGUUCUCUUCUGUCCUUCAUCUUUGGUGUUGCUGCAAUGGUAUUGACUCAGAUUGGUAUCCCUAGUAACAAUAUUUGUUCAUGCUACGUAAAUUGUGACAUAGCCGUUCUUGUCUUCUUGGUGGUAAAUAUUGUGUUGUAUAAUAUUACCACUGGUCAUGUGAAGAAAUGUACUGUUACUGGCAUCGUUUUAAGCUGGAACUGUCUGGCUGUUGUGUCGUGGGCUGUCUUUGCCGUUGGAGUCCAAACGCUUUCACAGAACCCCCAUGGAGUUGGAUUUAACUGUGUUUCCCGUUACGCCAUCAGUUUGCCAUUCGACGUCCACAUCUACAUGCCGGUGUUCUCAGGAAGACAAGACUCUACUACUCUGGUGGUACUGAACGCACUGGUGUAUGUGCCGCCAUCACUUAUCAUCCUCGUCUGUGGCAUCAUACGCCCAUUUAGCGACCCAUACAUUCCCGGUGCGCUGCCCAAAAGGCAAAACGAAUGUACAACCUGCCAACGUACUUUGAGAAUAUUUCAUAGUCGGACUUGGAUAUUUUUCUUUAUUCUCAUACUUUGUAUACUCAGACCGAUCUGGUUGCUAAACAACUGGUUCCGUCACCAUGACUACAGUGAUAUUGCUCCGGCUAUUCCCAUCUUGAUUCUGUUCUAUCCAAUCAACAUCGCACAGUUUAUGAACUUUCUCAGUAUUCACUACAGCAAGGGGACGACUUUGUCCCAGAUAUACCAUAUUUGACUGGCUUUACAUGUUUACCGGCAAAUGUUUCUUUCUUAAUUAUCUAGUGUAUUAAAUCUCCAUUCUAUUUUGAUAUGUACACUAGACCGGUUCGCCACCACUAAAUUGGUUUUCAGGUCAAUCUACAAUUUCCAUUAUUUACUACAGAAUUGGACUCGUUCAUUAGAUUGAUUUCAAAACAGGUCAAAAUUCUUCUGAGCGUUUCUUAAAAUGUCCAGGGACGGUGGGGUAGCCAAGCGGUUAAAACGUUAGCUCGACUUGGUUUCCGCAGACCCGGG